UUGAACAACAAAUGAAUUUUUAACAAAAUAUUUAGAAAUGUUCAACAAGCUAACCUGACAGGCUCCUGUAAAGAAAUAGAAAAUAAAAGCUAGUGGAGUUGAGUUGAUCAAGCAUCCUCUUCCAUCUUCCCAAGUACAGGCAGACUCCAUCACACAAGAACCUGCAACAUGCAGAGCAUGGUAGACAUACGGGCCAAGAAGCCUCCAAAGUCCUUUAUCCUCCCGGUCGCCAUCAUUUUCAUCUUGAUCUUCAUCAUUGGACUCAUAUUCAUCUUCAUCUUCAUGUCAUCGGCACCUCCUAACCUGCAGAAUCUGCCAGAACCGAAGAACAACCAGGACGGUGCAGGACGAGUGAACAUGGAGGCUCAUCUGCUCAACGCAGGCAUUUGCCCUCAGACAUGGCGUGAACAUGGCAAUAGAUGUUUCCGCUUUGUUAAAGACAGGAAGAAGUGGACUGAUGCUGAGGCGUACUGCGUUGCCAGGGGCGGACACUUGGCCUCAGUUCACAACCAAACCAUGUACAACUUCUUGAAGGAAUUGGCUAAUGGAUGCUUGAUUUGGGUUGGGGGCUACAAAGAGAACGAUGAGUGGAAAUGGACGGAUGGUUCCAAGUUUGAAGUGAAGAAGUAUGAAGAGAAGUCUGAAAAGGAUGCUGGAUGGGCCAACAGCCAGCCCAAUAACUGCUCUGGUCGCCAAGAUUGUGUGGAGAUGUGGAGUUGCUAUGGACUCAAUGAUGAGUCCUGUCAUCUGAAACAACCAUUUAUUUGUCAGCACUGAUGGGAUGGUCUCCGCUGGGUGAUCUGGCUGCUCCUUCAAAGAUGCCAGUGCUGAAAGAUCAUCGCUCUACGUUCAAUUCAGUCGCUUUAAAGAAUCAUAAUCAUAAUCAGCGUGCAUGUUAUCCCUAACAAUCUGCAAGACUGGAGACAAAACACUCAAUUACAAACUAAAGCUAGCACUAUUUGCAGGCAGCAUUCAGUUCAGGAGCUAACACAAUCUCACAGAAAAUGAAGCUAUUAAAAAAAAACACAUUUUUGAGUGAAUAUAUUUUGAACCAACAUACUCUGUAUAACCACAUAUAAUCACAGUUAUAGGAAUUCACUCAUCUUCUACAUUUUCCAGCAGCUAAUUUUGUAGAAUAAAGUCAAAUAAUUGUCAAAAGUCAUAUCAAGAGAAAUGUUGUAACAACAAAAAAGUUUUUACGAUGUUUAACAAUGUUUUUGUGUAUGCUUUUCACAUCUAAGCCCUAAAGGGACUGUUUGGAACCAUUUGAUGGCUAGCUAGAGAAUGCUAACUUUGGAAGUUGUUGCAUGCAUUAUGUGUAUGAAUGUAUAGCCUAUCACAAUCACACAAUUCCAAGUAAAAGUUUUUUUUGUUGUCUUUGAAACCACUAUGCUAGCAUGCUAGGUGCUGGUGUUUUUUGAUUUUGUGGUUAACCUUGAGAGUUGCAAACAGUCCCUUGAAAUAUUUCUAUAUUGUUUGAUACUGUUUGACUUAUUUAAGCAGGGGUGUCACAAUACACGAUAUUGGCUUCACGAGGACCAGACAAUAUUUGAACAUUACUUAGAAAACUACAAUGAAAGGAAUGGAAAAACAAGACUUGUUUAACGGAGUCAUAGUCGAGUGACGCUGGAAACGCAGCAGGUUGGAUUGCAAGGUUUCCAGUGUGUGUUAAGCACUUGUGGUGCGCUUCCAAUCCUGCCUGGCCCACUGUCACUUCCAUAUUAUGCAUAUUAGCGUUUCCAGUAGCAAUGCCAUAGUUCAGUCUGAUUGGCUUCUGGCUGCCCUGUUCCUGUUCCUGUGACACCCCUAUGAUCUGUUUCAUAAUUAUAUAGUGUUUCACAUGUUAGUCCAAUAUGUGCUACUGGAAUCAAUAAA